UCUCAACCAACGAACUUUCUUUCCAUUUCUCUGUCGGCCAAACCACACAAAUUUCAAACAAAUUAAAAUACAAUACCACCGUGGCUUUCCUCCUGAUCUUACAAACACAAACAUUGGAGCGGUGGUCGUACGAGGAGGAGGAAUCACCGCACAUCAAUCUACCCAUAAUGUUACGUUCAAAACCAAGAUCUGGGCCGGUGGUUGAUUUUGCACAGAGGAGCCAUAAUUCCUCCAUCUUUACCAGGACGAUUUCUGCUUCCUCCAGGUUUUGCAGAGGCGAUGCGUUGACCUCUCAGAUUGAUUCCAACGCCCUUGUUUCUCUCCCACGCCAAUCUUCUAAAACCAAACAUUUUUCCCAGGAGGAGGAGGAGGUGAGAGAGAUGAGGGAAAGAUUGAGCAAUACAGAAAUGGAUAAAAUGGCGCAGCAGGUAGAACAGGAGGAUUACAGGGCAUUGAAGAGCGAUUUGUCGAGCGCGCAAGAGGAAUUGAAGGCGAAAGACAAGAUCAUCAAGUCUCUGAGAAUGGAGGUGGAGAGGGGGAGAGGAUUAGAGGCUAAGCUGGCCGAGAGGGACGUAGGGUUAGGGAGAUUGAGAGAGGAAUUGAGCAACGCGAAGCUCCGGGAGGGGCACGCUAGGGAUUUGGUCGCAGAUCACCGGAGGCGAAUUCACGAGCUAGACGACGAAAUCGAGAACAUGAGGCUAUCCGAAUCCAAGGUUUUUGAUCUGUUAGCCUCCCAGACGAAGAAGUUCGAGGAGAGCAAGAUCGAAUUGGAAGAAUCCAAGCUGGAAAUGGCGGCGCUGCUUAAGAAGGUGGAGUUUCUGGAAGCUUCCAAGAACAUUCAUGGAUCAUUCGACCACAGGGAAGAAGAUUUCCACGCAGCAAAAGAUAAUUGGAACCAGGACGAAGACGAGGAAGAAGCAGGAGACAUAUUCGUUGCGCUCAAGAAUGAACUGAAGCAAGCAAUUGAGGCAGAAGAAAGGACCAGAAAAGCCAUGGACGAUUUAGCAUUGGCCUUGAAAGAAGUCGCAACAGAAGCCGCCGAGGCAAAGAAGAAAAGCAGCAUUACCGAGCUAGAGCUCAGCAAUCUAAAAGAGGAAAAUGAGAGAUUGAAAGAGACGCUUAAGAGCACAGAAGAAAAACACCAAAUCCUUUUAGACGAGGCUAAGAAGCAAACAGAGCUGCACAUCAACACCAUAGAUCGGCUGACAUUAGAAGCCGAGGAAUCCCUCCUGGCCUGGAACGGCAGAGAGAUGGGAUUCGUUAGCUGUAUAAAGGAGGCCGAGGAAGAUAACCUCAGACUCACCACAGCUCUCAAGGAAGCCGAGCAAUCAACAAUGGCCGCCCGGGAAGAAACAAAGCAAGCCAGAGACAUCCUGAAACAGGCCAUCAACGAAGCCACAGCCGCAAAAGCCGCCGCGGAUAUCGCCAGAGUAGAAAACUCACAGCUCAAAGACAACAUCGCAGAAAUGGAGGACGCCCUGCAAUUCCUGUCCCGCGAGAACGAGCGCCUCAGGAUCAACGAAGCCGAUACCAACGAGAAAGUGGAGCAGCACAAACAAAUGCUGUCGUCUUCACUGCCGCCCCACCACGCUAAGAAGCACCGGAGAGCGACUUCGAAGACGACGACGACGACAACCGAAGACUACUGCAGCGACAAAAGCGAAGACGAUGAAUAUGCGGAAGCAAGAGGCGGCGGCGCCGGCGAACAAAAGACGGCGGCGGGGGCGGCACCGAAAGCACAAAGCGAUGGAGGAGUAAAUACAGAAGACGAUCAGGAUUCAGAUUUUGAAAAGUCGUCUCAUAAUAGAAGAAGAAGAGGAGCUAUAUUUCGCAAAGUUGGAGACCUAAUUCUCAGGAGGAGUUUCAGUAUUAGCAGAAAAGAGCCUUCUCCCGAGCCAGCUCUCAUUGAGAAUAAUACCUCCAUUGUCAAAACCUGAUUCUCGAUCUUCUCUUAUAUGACUCAGAAAAUAAUUUAAAUUAUAGGCCCCUCUUAUAUAUACACUUAAUUGUAUUUUUAUAUUUAUAUAUAUACACUUGUACAUUUUUUUUUUAUUUGUUGGUGAGGGCAAAUGUAUUCAUAUUUUUAGCUUGACUAUUUAUUGUGAAAACUCAUAACUACUUGACUGUAUGGAUAAACCUCGUGACAUUAUUCGACAAAUUACUAUUAUACCUCUUC